AUGGCCGGCCGAGUUCUCCUUUGCUUCACCCUUGCUCUCUCUGCGCUGGGCGUGUCCGGUGUCCCGACCUCGCUGCCCAACAAGACGGAGGGCGAGUUCCUGGGCAUCCCCAUCUCCAACCCUGGCGUCCUCAACGCCAUUCCCAACCGGUACAUUGUUGUCUACAACAAUACCUUCAACGAUGAUGACAUCGACGUCCACGAGAAGAGCGUCAUCCAGACAAUAGCCAAGCGCAACGUCGCCAAGCGCUCCUUGACCGGGAAACUUCUGUCCACCACCGUCGAUACUUACAAGAUCGGCAAGUGGCGUGCCAUGGCCCUGGACGCCGACGACCUGAUGAUCAACGAGAUCUUCUCGGCCAAGGAGGUCAGCUACAUCGAGCAGGACGCCGUUAUCAACAUCAAUGCCCGGGCAGUUCAGGGGCGGACGACCACCGGCCUGGCCCGCAUCAGCCAUGCCCAGGCUGGCUCCAGGACCUACGUCUUCGAUGACAGCGCCGGCGAGGGUAUCACUGCGUUUGUUGUGGACACCGGCAUCCGGGUUACCCACAGCGAGUUCGAGGGCCGCGCUACCUUCGCUGCUAACUUCAUUGACGAUGUGGACACCGAUGAGCAAGGCCACGGCAGCCACGUUGCUGGUACUAUUGGUGGCAAGACCUUUGGUGUGGCCAAGAAGGUCAACCUCGUUGCUGUCAAGGUCUUGGGUGCGGACGGGUCAGGCUCGAACUCCGGUGUUCUUGCUGGGAUGCAGUUCGUCGUCAACAACGCCACCGCCCAAGGCCUCGGCGGCAAGUCUGUCAUGAACAUGUCUCUCGGUGGUGGAGCCAGCGCGGCCAUCAACGCUGCCAUCAACAACAUCGAAGCGGCCGGCGUCGUUCCCGUUGUGGCGGCCGGUAACGAGGCGCAGGACACCGCGAACACCUCCCCCGGUUCCGCCGAGGCCGCCAUCACCGUCGGUGCCAUUGACCAGACCACCGACAGAAUCGCCGAAUUCUCCAACUUUGGUCGCCUCGUCGACGUCUUUGCCCCGGGCGUUCAGGUUCUCAGCGUCGGCAUCGAGACCGACAACUCCACCAAGGCUCUCAGCGGUACUAGCAUGGCCUCACCCCACGUAGCCGGCCUUGCCGCCUACCUGAUGGCCCUCGAGGGCAUCACCGGUGUGCAGGAGGUCGGCGACCGCAUCAAGGAGCUUGCCCAGGGGACUGGCGCUCGCGUCAGGGGCAGCCCGAGGGGCACCACCACCCUCAUUGCCAACAACGGUGCUGAUCAAUUGUAG